GUCGGGGUCACGAACUCUGACCCCCGCGACGACAACAACCCGCCGCCCCGCGCCCCCGCCGCCUACCGGUCCCGCGCGCUGGGGCGCCGUGCCGUACAUUCGGGCCCCGCCCGCAGGCCGCGCCGGGCCGAGCCCCAGAUUCAUUCUGGCGCUGGUCAUGGAAGAAGCCACCACAGCUUAUCCAGAUAGCUUGGCCUGCAUAGACGCUGUCAUCAAUGACAGGCAUAGUCCAUGGGACGGGUUUUGGUCCCACGUACACAGACCCUGCAGCCUGAAGCUCCAGGGAUGACCAGCCCCUCCCCGCGCAUCCAGAUCAUCUCCACCGACUCUGCAGUUGCCUCACCCCAGCGUAUCCAGGGUGCUGCUGAGCACCCUGUUGGGUUCUGCUCUCCAGUGACACAGGGGCAGAUUGUGACAGACCAGCAGACGGGACAGAAGAUCCAGAUUGUCACCGCAGUGGACGCCUCGGGCUCCUCCAAACAGCAGUUCCUCCUGACCAGCCCCGAUGGCGCUGGCCCUGGGAAGGUGAUCCUGGCUUCCCCGGAGACACCCAGUGCCAAACAGCUCAUCUUUACCACAUCAGACAGCCUGGUGCCAGGCAGGAUCCAGAUCGUCACGGAUUCGGCGUCUGUGGAGCGGCUGCUGGGGAAGGCCGAGCUGCAGCGGCCACAGGUGGUGGAAUACUGUGUGGUCUGUGGCGACAAAGCCUCGGGCCGGCACUAUGGGGCUGUCAGCUGCGAAGGCUGCAAGGGCUUCUUCAAAAGGAGCGUGAGAAAGAACCUGACCUAUAGCUGCCGCAGCAGCCAAGACUGCGUAAUCAACAAGCACCACCGCAAUCGCUGCCAGUUCUGCCGGCUAAAGAAGUGCCUGGAGAUGGGCAUGAAGAUGGAGUCUGUGCAGAGUGAGCGGAAGCCCUUUGAUGUACAGCGGGAAAAGCCUAGCAACUGUGCUGCUUCCACGGAGAAAAUCUACAUCCGGAAGGACCUGCGGAGCCCUCUGAUAGCCACGCCCACAUUUGUAGCCGACAAGGACGGUGCAAGACAGCCAGGUCUCUUGGACCCAGGGAUGCUCGUGAACAUCCAGCAGCCUCUGAUCCGCGAGGAUGGCACAGUGCUCCUGGCCACAGACUCCAAGGCUGAGACAAGCCAGGGAGCCCUGGGCACACUGGCAAAUGUUGUGACCUCCCUGGCUAACCUGAGUGAAUCCUUGAACAAUGGCGACACCUCGGACAUCCAGCCAGAGGAUCAGUCUGCCAGCGAGAUCACCCGGGCAUUUGACACUUUAGCCAAAGCACUUAACACUGCAGACGGCGCCUCGCCCCCUGGCCUGCCAGACGGGCUGGAUGCCAGCGGAGGAGGUGGCAUCCAUGUCAUCAGCAGGGACCAGUCAACACCCAUCAUUGAGGUUGAGGGCCCGCUGCUGUCAGAUACACAUGUCACAUUCAAGCUGACAAUGCCCAGCCCAAUGCCUGAGUACCUCAAUGUGCACUACAUCUGCGAGUCUGCGUCACGCCUGCUCUUCCUGUCUAUGCACUGGGCACGCUCCAUCCCAGCCUUCCAGGCACUGGGCUGGCACCCCUCUGUCCACAGGCAGGACUGCAAUACCAGCCUGGUGCGUGCCUGUUGGAACGAGCUCUUCACCCUUGGCCUGGCGCAGUGUGCACAGGUCAUGAGCCUGUCCACCAUUCUGGCGGCCAUCGUCAACCAUCUGCAGAACAGCAUCCAGGAAGACAAGCUGUCGGGUGAGCGCGUGAAGCAGGUCAUGGAGCACAUCUGGAAGCUACAGGAGUUCUGCAACAGCAUGGCGAGGCUGGAGAUAGACGGCUACGAGUACGCAUACCUUAAAGCUAUAGUUCUCUUUAGCCCUGACCACCCGGGUCUAACGGGCACAAGCCAGAUUGAGAAGUUCCAAGAGAAGGCCCAGAUGGAGCUGCAGGACUAUGUGCAGAAGACCUACUCCGAGGACACCUACCGAUUGGCCCGCAUCCUCGUCCGCCUGCCAGCACUCAGGUUGAUGAGCUCCAACAUCACAGAAGAACUCUUUUUUACCGGCCUCAUUGGCAACGUUUCAAUAGAUAGCAUAAUCCCCUACAUCCUCAAGAUGGAGACAGCGGAGUACAAUGGCCAGAUCACCGGAGCCAGCCUAUAGGCACUACGCCCUGCCGGUGGGGGCUCCUAGGCCCCUCAAGCCCAGAAGACAGUGGCGGACGGAGUCCGAUAUGUGCAGAUGUUUCCAUGUCAGCCACUCUUCACCUGGUUUCUUCUUACUGUGACCCCAGCAGUCUUGACUAAAGACUAGGAUCCUUUCCUGCUGUGAGAAAUGUUUUCAUGCCUUUUGAUGAAGCAGCUGACUUUGGAACAAUCUUUUGAACUCAGUUUGUAUUUAGAAUUUCUCAAAGGGCAAAAAAAUGAAGUUUUAUAAUGUCAGAGACUAGUAUUAAAACUAAAAGAACCUAAGAGAACAGUAUGCGUGUAAAUAUAUUAAAAAAUCCUUGGAAUUAAUAGCUACUAAUUACCAGGGUAACAACAUUAGCACUUUCUAAGCACUUCUUACUAGAAUCUGUGACAUUAGCAGCAUCUUGCCUGUGGGCAGGGCAAAUGGAAACUGUCUUUUACCAAGAUGCUCAUGAUCCCUGUGGAAAUGCACUGGGCCACAGGAGACAAUCAAGCGUUUAAGGAAGGAAGGAUCAUUUCUGACUGUGCACGCGGGUGUCAGAGUGUGUUACACUGUCCAUGGGAGCAUGGUGGCCCAGUGGCAGGGAUCUAAACCAGAAGCCACCAGCCGUGGGCUGAGGCUUGUCACAGUCCUGGCCUGUGAGUGUCUACAGACUGCCGGAAUCUGGGUUCUGUGCUAAGGGACUCAAGAUCAGAGUGCGGCUCAACAGACCCUCACCCAACUCCACUGGCACUGGAAAUGUCACCACCACUCACAGCAGCAGAGCUCUUGACCCAACAUGCAUGGCGGACACUUGGGACCUUGACAGCCCUUGGACUCAUUCAAAUGGCUUCUGUUCCUCUCUACUGGUGCCCUGGAGAAGGACCUAUAUAUCUCUCUGGCACUGCAGCCGUCCAGCCAGACAGGGCCUUGCCACGCCUUCACCUGACCUGUGUGCAACAGGAUAGUUCUUUGCUGUUGGUUAAACAUCAGGGACCCCCCCCCCCCGAUCCAGCCACAUUCUCUGCAAAAAAUGACACUAACUGGUUUGCAGUGAAAACAGACUCCUAGCCAGACUGUGUCAGACACCCUGGUUUUUGUCUGGGCUGGAGUAAGAAAGCCCUUCCUGUAGGGUGAAGUUUGCAUCUGCCAGGACUGUGGGUCAGAUCUGGCUUUGGAGAGCACCCAGCUGAGUAGGUGCCAGCUCCAGGGAGCACAGAGGGUCCCUAGGGUUGCUAGCUGCUGCUGUUCACACUCAGUGGAACUGAGUGUGCAUGGCAUCUCUGGCUCCUGCAUUGCCAUUGGAUCUUGGGGUGUUGUAACUGGGUGCACCUGGGAGGCAGGUAUUGGGGACAUCAGGUGGCCAGUAUAAAAUGAUGAUGUAAUUUCGCCAGCUUUAAGUAUGACUUAGUUUUCUAACCUGAGUGUUUUAAAUUUUAAAAUUAAAAAGACUAGCCAGGACUGAAGGGUUUGGUGGGCCCCCUUCUUCUACCUACCAAGGAUUCCAGUUGGGGUGUUGCCAAGGGCAGUAUGUCCUGUUGUCAUAGCCACAGCUGCCCCCUACUCCUCAGGAUCUGGUAUUAGUACUCUCAAGGGACAAGGGACAUGCAGAAGUCAGGGGCCCAGGUCUGCAGAAGAGUGGCUUUAUGUGAGAAGCUGCUGACUGACCAGUGCUGGCCAAUUCCAGUGGCAUGGGAACCUCCCAGACCCUGGCAUUGCUCUGCAGCGUCUUGUCUUUAAGGUCACCUCACAUGCCCACGAUCUUGCUGCCCAAAGUUACUUCUAGCCCUCAACUGUGCAUCUUGUCAGAUGGGUUUAGGUAUUCACGCAGGCUGUGCAUUAGCAUAGUUUUCACCAAGUCCUCAGUCCUCAGCUCAAGGAAGUGGGUAUGCCCUGGGCCCAUGAGGUGGGACCAGUGCUCAGUGGACAGCUGUUUCAGGCACAUGCAGUCAUUUCUUGGCCACGUCUUUCCAGAAGCACUUCAAACAGUGCUGUUUUAGGAUAGUUGUGUGGUCUAUGUAUGGCAGUGAUCCUCAAGUUCCUCCUGGAAGGUGUCUAGAGGUAUGUUGGUCCUUCUAGUGUGCAGCGAUGACUAUGUAGAGGGGAGCUGCAUUUAUUGUCCAGCCUCUGUGGCAUGGACUCUUUGGUUUUUUUGGCUUUAUUUAACGUCAGGUAGUCACACUCUGCUCUCACAGGCUAUCAUCUGGCUUGUCAACGUAAGUAUUAGAAGCAGCUUUGUUCAGAGUGGUCCUAUAUCCACACUGUGGGAACCCUAGCAGGGGGCCAAAGAUCAUAGGCUCUGAGGUGGCGAGUGCUACCCUCAAGAAGAGUCCCAGAGUGGGGUCUGCUGUCCCUAGAGUCCUAACACUCACUGUCUGCCUUCCAGUGUGAACUUGUGAUGUGCAGUGGGGUGGCAGAUGGUGUUGGUGCUCCGCUUGCCAGGCAUGAAGGGUACCAUCUGACACCGUUCUGCCCACCUGCUCCCUCUGCCCAGCUCAGCCUCUAGAUAGCAUGGCUCCUGAGAAACAUCCAGAACCAGCCUCCAUCCAAGCAGGGCUUGCCCAAGUCUCCUGAGUAUCCACGCCUGUAUACAGUAUACAUGGUGUGCAUCUGUGUACAUAGGUGUAAAUUAUGUGUACAGUCUCAGCCAUCACCCAGCCUCCACAGUGACAGCUAGCAGAGCAUCCAACGUCCCCGGAUGUGGGCGUUCUAAGGGACUGUGAGAAGGGCCAGGACCCAGGAGGAUCUCAGACAGGAGCAGUCUAGCCCAAGGCAUUGGUCUGUACCCUCUAGGCCCCAGGGGCCAGGGUGGGAGAAUUACCACCCAACAGGCAGGACUGGGUGGUGGCUUUUUCUACACUAGCUUCUGGCCUGACUGAAGGAUCUUGGUGACAGCCAGCAGCCUCCCCAGGCACUAGAGCCAUUUGCCAGGUUAGGGUUGAACAUGGCUUGUCUGUAGAGCCACUACAGGGUAGUAGCAUGUGUCUUCUCUACAGGCCCCAGCCAGACAAACCCAGUCCUGGGAAUGUUAAUCAGGCCUCACUGCUGCCAGCUCACAGAGUCUAUGCACCUUAAAUCACUUUUCCAACUGGGCGCAUGUGAAUGAAACCCACUGGCUUAAUUACUUUCCAUAAAUUAGGGUCUGUGUUCUUCGAGUAAAAACUCCCACUUCAGUGUGGAUGUAUUCGCCCUUAAAACUGUAGAAGCCAAUUUUCUUUGCCAGAUCUAUCGCGCUCUCUCCCUGUAGCCAGCUUUCCACUGAAACACGGGACCUGCAGAUAGAUGGCACAGGAGCUCUCUGGAGCCUCAGGUCUGAACUAAGCUGGCCUGGCGUUUAGUAACACUUCAUGUGGCCACAGCACUCAGUGCCUUGUGUGAGAUGUGGGUCACUGAACCUUCCAAAUCCCUGUUCUGAUGUCAUGGGAGCUUCCACGGAGUCCUAACCCUGGCCUACUGUGACAAUCACACUAAAUAAACCGGCUUUCCAGUCAGUAUGGGAGCCUGAUUGUCUCUGACUGACUUUAAAAUAUCUUUUUGGGGCUGUUAAGUUAGCAAUCUAAUAAACUGGGAACUCAAAACAUCUUUUGGGGGAAAGAGAAGUAGGUAUUUUUAAUGCCCUGCUAUAUUUCCAUUUAAGAAGCUAAAUUUUGGUCUCAAUAUUUACACACAAAAGUCCCCAACACCAUUUACCAGUUAAGAAAGUGCUUUAGUUUAAUAUAGAGGUAACACCAGGAAGGGGCACACUGACAACGGACCCAGCUCUUUGUAAAGAACCCGUCACAGUCACCUCGCUGGCUAUAACAUUGCUUAUGGACUCAACACUGCCACCACACACAACUCAAUGCUAGAACCUUUUUCUACCCUGAAAUCAGUGUUCAACUAGUUUUAUACCCAAAAAGCUGCACUUCUUUCUCAGCAAAACCUGUAGUUCCUGCUGUCGUUCAGCCCUCUGUUAACACGUGUCACCAGCCCAUUUGAGAUGAUGUCUGUUAAAGGGGAACCAGGUGUUAGGUUUUCUUGGGACCGUUUCUAUAACCUCUGCCCUUCAUGAGAUAGAAAAUACUGUUCAUGCCAUUACCUUUUAAUUCCAGGUUCCAAACCUGCUGGAAGCUGUGGCUUUACACAGCUUCCUGCCUGUACGAAUCAACUUUGUUACGUGAUGGCAUUUAAAAACUAGCAUGUUCUUUUUAAAGUGGAUUUUAUAUCUAAUCAGUGUCUUCAGUCUUGAAGAAUCUGCAUUGUUGUGUUUGUAUAUAGAGUGUCGCAGUGCAUGAGUUAGCUUUAUGCAUUUUAUUAAAUGCUGUUUCAAUGUGGCAUUACUGUUGUGGCUUAAUACUACUACCUACACGAGGUUUAUACUAUUAAACGUGGAUUAAAGACA